AUGGCAGUCGACCCUGCGAUUCUUGCUGUCUUCGGGGCCGGCGUGGACCUUGCUGAAAGUCAUGUUUCUGUGAAUAAUGGAGCUGUCAUUGCAAUGCUCUGUUUAUCUACGGUCGCUGUUAUUCUACGAUUUGUAGCUCGAGUAACCCUUCGGAAUGCGCUCAUGGCUGAUGACUGGGCAAUCAUAAUAGCAUUGGCUUGCAUAGGUGCCACGACGGGUAUCAGUGUUGCAGGUGAGAGUGCAAUUACCUACAAUAUGGUUGCUCAUUUACUAAAAUGUUGGGGUCUAGGGAGUGGUACCGGUUCGGGACGACAUAUCUGGGCUGUCAGCUUGGAUGAAUUGAUGGAAUUAUACAAACUUCUUUUCUCGUAUACCUUCCUCUAUGCAUCCUCGUGCACUUGGACCAGAAUAUCGAUUCUCUUCUUCUACAAACGCGUCUUUUCGCCUCUGGAGAUGUACUUGAAAGUGGCAUUAGCGAUUGCUGGAUUUCUCACAAUCUCAUAUCCGAUCGUCAUCUGGGUCACUAUGAGCACGGCCUGUAAGCCCGCGUCUCAUUUCUGGACACAGUUCAGCGGCACGGAGGGGAAGUGUAUCGAAGUGAACAAGUUUUUCCUUGCCCUGGGGAUUAUAAAUAUGAUGAAUGAUAUUAUCAUCUUGGUAAUUCCAUUUCCUCGAAUAAUUCGACUGCAGAUGAGUGUAAGGAAAAAGAUUGCAAUUUGUGCAAUUAUGGCUGUCGGGAUCUUGUGA